GGUUUAAGGCCAGGUUCUGUGUUAGAGCUCCACUCCUUCAGGAUGUCCGAGCGUCGUCUCUCGGGGACGCCCUGUGAGGUCCGCAGCUUCAGCUUCAGCUUCACGACCAACACUUCACAGGGUCACCACCAGGGGUCUGAGGCUGUGACUUCAGUCUCAAGUUGUUCAACACAGGCGCCCCAAGCUUCAGCUCUGUUUCUGGAGAGUUCCCCUCCAGACGAGUCAUCACGGACCCACGAUGGAGGGGCGUGACCCGCCCUACUCUGCAGGGACACGUCUGUCUCCUGGAGGACGAUCAGGCUUCAAGACACGUUGGAACACGUUCCUUGAGUCAGGUUGAGAAACACAACAAACACACAUCAUGCGGGUUUGGCUACACAACAACGCACCGUUUCCAUGACAACAUGUUUCCACACACACUCCCAGUUAUGCUUUCUAGGAACGUCGUCAUUAAGAGACAAAGCUGGGACUCACGUAUACAAACAUUCACGGAUAUUUAUCCUCGAGGGUCUCUGUUGCCAUGACAGCCCAGCAGUCUCCGGUCAAACAAUAUCCUAUCAUACGUUCUAUUAUCAGAAUUUAUUCCUUCUACAAAAUGUUAACACAAAACUUUUUAUCACAGCAUUUUAAAACAGAAUAAAUCAGAAAAAUGGAUUUAUUACACCACAAUUUUUAGAUUAUAAUUAAUUGUCCAAAAGCGUAUUCUUCAACACUUUAUUCCUCUUAAUUUAUUGUCUAUAUUACAAUAUUGAACUAUAAGGACCGAGUGUCCAGCGUACAAUGGAGUUUAGGAGUUGAUGUUAUUGACUGCUUCUGGGUUUUAUUUUACGGCCUGUUCGGUCUCGCUCGGUCUUCCAGUUUUGCGAGAGCCUCGUGUUUCUACUUUUAAAGCGUCGUUAUGUCAAAGGUCGCGUCUGCUUCGUCAGCGCGACUCAUCGCUCCACAAAGGCUUCCUCGGGUCUGCGGUCCGCAGCAUGAUUAUGAUCUCAUGUGACACCACAUGACAGUGGUCGGUGACUCGUCAUGUGACGUCGAGCUCUGGAUCCGAAAACACCGACUGUGCAAAACCAGAGGAAAUUAAAUGUAAAGAGAACUGCUAACAAAUUUCAAUCUGAGCUUAAAACCGGAUCUCCAGGGGUUUGGAUCUGAAACUCUUAGAUCUAAGUGAGGUCUGCUUGUAGAGAACUCUGGUGUUGUGGUUACUCUGCAUGCUGAAUGUUAACCAUGACCUCCCAACUCUUCACCGGGCAACAGAGCUGAUAUCUAGAAGCUCUUUCCUCCAGUUGAACAUUUGAGUUUACAAAGCUGCUCUGACAGCAGACACCGGGUACAAGCUGAAUCCAGACAUGGAUGAAGUACUUUCAGUUUAUUUUAUAUAGCCCAAAAUCACAAAUGACAAAUGAGGCACAAAGAAGGAGGCGGGGCCAUUGGGAAGGAGGCCAGGUCCAGGCUAGGGCUGGAGUCCGGACCCAGGAGCCAGGACCGGCUCCAGACACCCCAAUGGACUCUGUGAGACGUGAAGUCUCAAAGACUCCGGGGAGGAAGUAUACGUUGUUUCAUGUCUUUAAGACAUGCUUGAAGUCCAGUGAGCUGGUUGGACUCCUCUGGUUUGAUCCAUAGAUAUAAUUGAGUAUCAUCUGCAUAACAAGGAAUGUUUAUGGAAUGUUUCCUGAUGCCUAAAGGAAGCAUGUAUAAGGUAAAUAAAGGUGGCCCCAGCACAGAACCUUGUGGGACUCCGUGACUAACGUUGGUGGUUAUCGAGGCUUCAUCGCUUACAAAUACAAGCUGAGAUCCAUCUGAUAAAUAGUCUUUAAAGCAACAUGUGUUAUUCCUCAGUGAUGGACUGAACCUCGUGUUUCUUGAGUGCAUCUUCAAGUUAUGAUGAUGAAAAUGUUUCACCUUCAACGAAACAAAACAUUUUUCUAGACUCUUGAAAUCUCGUUGUGCUGCUGCCGCGCGUCAAUGUGCUGCCAGAAACUCAGAUACCGUCCGUAAAACACGAGGCGUCUUCCUGUCCCCCGUCCCAGUCGUCCCCCACACGUCCUGCAGGGGGCGCUGCUCCGAGCCGUAUGACGGCGACGUGCCCGGCUGCAGAUGCGACAAGAACUGCAACGCCAGCGGCAGCUGCUGCCGCGACUACCACGACAUCUGCACCGUCCCCACGCAGCAGUGGGAGUGCACCGAGCCGCGGUGCGGAGAGACCAGGCUGCAGCAGAGCCGCUGCCACUGCUCCGCCGACUGCCUCGCUGCAGCCGACUGCUGCACCAACUACAGACAUGUCUGCCACGGAGAGAGGGAGUGGGUGGAGGACGAGUGUGAGGACCUGUCGACCCCCACCUGUCCAUCAGGAGACGUGUGGCACGGCGGCGCCGUUCAUGCAGCCGGCGUUCCCCAGCAAGACGUUCCCCAACCACUACACCAUCGUCACGGGCCUCUAUCCAGAGUCCAACGGUCUGAUUGACAACAGUAUGUACGACCCGGUGUUCAACGCCUCCUUCAGCCUGUCCAGUCCGGAGAAGGACAACCCGGCCUGGUACCUGGGACAGCCGAUCUGGCACACAGCGAAGUAUCAGGGCCUGAAGUCCGGGACCUUCUUCUGGCCCGGAUCCGACGUCAAGAUCAACGGAAGCUUCCCCGACAUCUACCGACCGUACAACGGCAAAGUGCCAUUUGAAGAACGAGUGUUGACUGUGCUGAAGUGGCUCCAGCUGCCCGAGGACCAGAGACCAGAUUUCUACACGUUGUACCUGGAGGAACCAGAUAAAUCCGGACACAGCUACGGUCCUGUGAGCGGAGGGCUGGUUGCAGCGAUCCAGGGAGUGGACAAGGUCAUAGGUCAACUCAUGAACGGCCUCAAGCAGAUCGGCCUCCACCGCUGUCUCAACAUCGUCAUCGUGGCCGACCACGGUAUGGAGGACACGAGCUGCGACAGGAAGGAGGCGCUGCAGCUCCUGGUGGGCGACGUCAGAGACUUCUGGGUCAGCGAGGGAACGUUCGGACGCAUCAGAGCCAGGACCAACGCAGCCCUGGACUCAGCCGGCCUGGUGGCCAACAUGACCUGCAGGAGGCGGGGCCAGAGGGUCAAGGCCUACCUGAAGGCCCACCUGCCCAAGCGCCUCCACUUCGCCAACAGCCGGCGCAUCGAGGACGUCAACGUCCUGGUGGAGCCCCGGUGGCUGUUUGAGAGAUAUCCCGGAUCUCUCUCCUUCUGCUCCGGCGGCGCUCACGGCUACGACAACGACGCCGAGAGCAUGCAGGUGAGGACGCCGCUGCUCUUCGCUGAUCCUUUAGUUUUCAUCCUUUGUAAAGAUCCGCUCGUUCCCACCCGGCGCCGUCUCGUCUCCCCGCCUCUCGUCCUGCAGGCCAUGUUCCUCAGCUACGGCCCGGCGUUCCGGUACCGAACGGAGAUCGAACCCUUUUCCAACAUCGAGCUCUACAACCUCAUGUGUGACGUGAUGCGGAUCUCUCCGGCCGACAACAACGGGACCCACGGCAGCAUGAACCACCUCCUGCGGCGGCCGUUCUACUCACCGGCGCCCCCCGCGGAGCAGAGCGCGCCGGUUCAGUGUCCGCUGGUCAGCCUCGAGCCUGAAGACGCCCUGGGGUGCUCCUGCCCCGCCCUGAGUGGAAACGCCAUCAACGCCCGUCUGAACCUGACAGCGGCGGAAGUCUCCGCCUCCGAGAGGAGGCACCUGCCGGUGGGGCGCCCCCGGCUGCUGCAGGCCGACCGGCGGUACUGCGUCCUGCACCAGGAGGGCUUCGUGGCCGGCUACAGCCCGGCGGCCAUGAUGGCGCUCUGGAGCUCCUUCAGCCUUCUGAAGCCCAGCGGCGUGGAGCCGCUGCCCCCGGUGGCGGCGGACUGCCUGCGGCCCGACGUCAGGCUGCGGCCGUCCCAGAGUCCCCGGUGCGACCAGUACGAUGGCGCCGGGGCGGCGCUGACGCACGGCUUCCUGUUCCCGCCAAAUCUGAAUGAGACGGCGGAGCAGCGGUUCGACGCCCUGCUGACGAGCAACGUUGUGCCGAUGUACCGCGAGUUCAAGAAGGUCUGGGACUUCUUCCUCGGCACCCUGCUGGUGAGAUACGCCGCUCGGCACAACGGCGUGAACGUGGUGACCGGCCCCGCCUUCGACUUCAACCACGACGGCCGGGCCGACUCUCGGGAGCAGCUGCAGCAGUUCGUGCCCGGCACCAACGUCUCUGUGCCGACCCACUUCUUCGCGGUGCUGACCAGCUGCCGGGACGCGGCGCUGCCGGUGGGCGGCUGCGUCGGCGAGCUGCAGGCCGCCUCCUUCCUGUUGCCCCACCGGCCCGACAACUCGGAGAGCUGCAAGAGUUCACAAGCCGAAGCUCAUUGGGUGGAAGACCUCGUGUGGUUCCACAAAUCACGGGUCAGAGACGUCGAGUUGAUCACAGGAUUGGACUUUUACCAGGGCAGCGGUCGGCCAAUCGCUGACCUGCUGAGGAUGAAGACCCGCCCCACAGCCGCCAUUCACCGGGAACAGUGACGGGGAGAAACGACCACGACGAGGACUCAGCGUCUGUGGAGGCAUCGUCGUGUUUACUCAGUUCACUUUGUCAACAAUAAACGUUUUGAUUAGUCAACAAAGGGACAUUUAUUUAUUUGUAUUUAAGUAACAGCGUAACGUAAGAAUCUAACAACAAUGUAACAAUACAGCGUAACAACGCAACAAAAUAAAGUAACAACGUAACAAAAUAACGUAAAAACGUAACAGUGUAACAAAAUAACCUAACAACGCAACAAUGUAAUAACGUAACAAUGUAACAAAAUAACCUAACAACGCAACAAUGUAAUAACGUAACAGUGUAACAAAAUAACCUAACAACACAACAAUGUAAUAACGUAACAAUGUAACAAAAUAACCUAACAACGCAACAAUGUAAUAACGUAACAACGUAAGGCAACAGCGUAUAACUGUAACAACUUAACAACGUAACAAAAUAAUGUAACACUAUAGUGUAGCAAAACAACAUAACAUUCGUGUUAUUCGGUAAGACAAUCAGAAUCGAUCAUUUAAUCUGACGAGUUCACGUGAUCCAUGGACACGUCUUUGUUUUGUGUUUUUGUGUAAAUGUUUUUGAUUGUUUGUACAUUGAAUGAAGGAGUCAAAAUAAAUGAAUAACACACACCUCC